UCGCCCAAAUACAGAAAAACCGAGUGGAGGGAGGAGCCAAGAGGACUCGACAAUAAAACUGCUACUUUGCAUAACGGCCGACGCGCGAUGUUAAGGCAGGAAAGUGGGCGGAGCUAACGGGGUUUGGGUUUGAAUGUCGGAGUGAGAAGCGCCGGGGGAAGAAGGCAAACGAGCUGAGCGGCUGAGGAGAGGCGCAGGGGAGCCGUUUAUCAGUCCCUCCAUACAUCGCGGAGCAGCCGGGCGACGAAACUUCUCACACAAGAGUGUUUGCAGUUUACUGAGGAUUGGUGGGGAUAGACCAAAUAAAGAUACUAAGUAUUGAAGGUUUAAGAUGGAUACAGCAGAAGAACCUCAAAAAAAAGUUUUCAAAGCUCGGAAAACAAUGAAAGCGAGUGAUCGGCAACAAUUAGACGCAGUACACAAGGCAAAAGAGGAAUUGAUAAAACCAACAGAGGUAAAGCUACUGAAUGGAAAUCAUGAAAAUGGGGAUAUGGAUAUAAUUGCUGAAAAUGAUUUUGUGACAGAAAGAAAAGAACUUAAUGGCAUGAUAGAGGUUAACUCUGAGCCUCAUGAAGUUCCAAUUGUUAAGCUUUCAGACAUCAAGGAAGGUUUGAUAAACCUUGAACAAACCAAAGACUUAAAACUAAAACUUGAACUUCAGCAUACUGAAAGUCCUGUAUGUCAAGACAAUGAAACCAGUGCAUCAGUUUGUGAAGAUGCGGUACCUGUGUCUUCUGAUAACAAGGAAGAACAACAUGAAGUAACAAAUACUGAUGCAGCACAAGAAGAAGCUGCUAGUUUACAGUCAUUUGACAAGAAAACCACGGACACUGAAUUGUCAGAAGAACAAUCUGAGGUUAACAAUUCUGGGGAAGAGGAAAGUCAUAUUGUGUUAGAUGGAAUUCAUGAGCUAGAAGAUGAUAUCCCUGAGGAAGAUGUAAAUGAAAGGGCAUUCGCAGAAGAAAAUAUGGAUGUAGAGCAUAAGGAGCAAGAGAAAAUUGUACAAGGAGAAGAUGAAAAUAAUGACCUAAAAGAUUCUACAGAUGAACAGGGUGUACAAUCAGAUGUUGCAGAGGGAACAGAACUGUCAAGAAAGAAGGAAGAACAGCAAGAAACUACAGAGAAUGUAAGCAAACAGGAAACAGAACCUGAGGGGAAAACUGAGAAUGCAGCCUCUACUCCUGAGAUCACUAAUGAUAUAGCAGAUGGACAACAAGAGGAAGAAGCCCCACAGGACAUGGAUAUGGAACAAGAAGAGGGAUGUUCAGAAGAAAAAUCAGAAAAUGUAGAAACUACAGCAGAAAAUAUAGAAACUCCAGCUGAUGAACUUCAGCCAAAUGAAGAGGCUAUAUCAAGCAGUAUGGAAACUGACCAGAGUAUAAAAGUUGAAGAGCAAAAAUGUUCAGGUGUCCAAGAAGCUACUCUAGAAAAAUCUGUUUCAGAAAUACAGACAGCCUCUGGAUUAGAAAGUCCAGACACAAUGGAAACCGAUGAAAUCAUUCCAAUUCUUGAAAAGCUUGCACCAGUGGAAGAUGAGCCUCUGGACUUUGAAAAGAAUCAUUUAAACUCUGAAAGUAUUGCAGAUUCUGAAGAACAAAAGGCAGGAAAUGAGGAAACCUCACCAAGCAAACAAGAUAAUAGAGAAACUCUACCCAGUGAAGCAUUCCUCGUUCUUUCUGAUGAGGAAGAACCAAGUGAUGAACGCUCCUCACCAGUAGAAGAAAAAACAACAUCGGCCCCACAAGCUAUAGAUGCUGAUACUGAAACUGCUAAAAAGUCAGGAGAAAAAGAGGGAGAACAAAAAGAAGAAAGUGUGAAGGAACCACAGGCUGAGACAAGUGAAGUUUCCCCAGAUGAAGUUUCUCUAGGUGAAGUUUCUCGGCGGAAGCGUUCUAAAUCUGAGGACUUCGAAAGUGAGAGCUCAAAGCGACGGCGUUAUGAAGGGGAAGAAUAUGAGGCUGAAUUACAAGUGAAGAUUACAGCAGAUGAUCUCAACAAGAAAUUACAAAAUGUGAUCCAGAAGAUGCUUGAGGAGAGGCUAAGCACCUUGCAGUGUGUUGUCUUUGACAAAACCCUAGCUGAUCUUAAGACCCGAGUGGAGAAGAUAGAAUGCAAAAAACAUGAAAAUAUUUUGUAUGCAAUACAGGCUAAAAUUGCAAGGUUGACAAAACGCUUUGGUGCAGCAAAGGAAGACCUUAAGAAAAGACCAGAGCAAUCUACAGCGGUCAACCCAGCAUCCCCAGGAAAAACUGUAAAUGAAGCGUCAACUGCCAAUAAUUCCAUGAACUACAGAAGUGCCAGCACAGUGAGGCAAAUGCUGGAGUCAAAACGAAAUGUUGGAGAGACAGUAACUAUUCUUCAGCCUUCAACCACUGCUCAGCCAUCAACUCCAACAACAUCUAGUUUACCGCACCGUACUCCUAACACUACUACUCAGGUGUCCGUAAGCCAGUCCACUGCAAAUACCAGUCUACAGGGAAGGGCACCACCUGAUUGGAAACUAAUUCAACAAAGAAUAAAUGCUUCCAGCAUUGGAACUCCUCAAAACUCUCUAAAUAACCAGAAUAAGCCUUUGCCACCUGUUACCUCUGCUCCAGUAAUGACUUCUGUUAUUCCUGCAACUACGACUGCAACUGUUGUAGGGAACAGCCAGGUGUCCGGCAGUAGUUCCCAGCCAAUGUCUGUAUCCCUUCAGUCUUUGCCAGUUAUUCUUCAUGUGCCAGUUGCAAUGCAAUCUCAGUCUCAGCUCAUGCAAGGCACUACAGGAACCUUGGUUACUAACCAGCAGUCUGGAAAUGUAGAGUUUAUCCCAGUGCAAAAUCCGUCCUCCAUCAGUAAUCUUACAAAAGCGUCUCCAGUGUCCUUGACUCCAAAUAAACCUGUUAACAGUCCUUCGAUGCCAAGUCCAAGCAUACAGCGGAAUUCUCCAGGAAACUCCGUAUCAUCAACUCUGACUGUACAGUCUAUCCCCACAACACAUUCAGUUGCACAGUCAUCCAGACCCUCUUUGCCAUCCACAGCAUCUUCAGGAAUUUACAAUCAAGCUAACAAUCGCACCACUUCGCAAUUAAAAUCUCCACUGUCUGGCUUCAACAGUCCAAGUUCAGCUGAAGCAACAAGCUCUUCUAGAGAACUGCAAACUAACAGAACAUCAACUUCAGAAAGUGUCCCAAGCAAGAGGGUAGUUGAAAAUUCAACUGCGGGAGGAAAACCUGGUGGAGUUAUUGACCUCACACUAGAUGAAGAAGACAUUGAGAUUACUUCUCAAGAUUCCAGGAGGACAAGUACUUCAGGCUUAUCAGGAAAUAUCCAGCCCCAAAUGAUAAGUCGACCACCACAACUUCCACAACCAAAUGCUUUGCAGUCACCAUCUACAUCUGCAAAUAUACCUUCUCAAGCCACCAUACAUGUGUUGCCUACAGCUCAGACAACAGUAAAUAUAACGCAGCGUCCAGGGACUCAAAUGACAAGGACUUCAGCACCUCGUACACCAAACAAUCAGCAGAUGGUUUACACUACGUCUAGCCUCCCUACAGCCCCAAUCCAGACACCUGUACGCAAUACUGUUAUGCAAAAUCUAAGGCAAAUCACCCCUCAAACUGGAGGGGUGCCUGUAAGAAUGCAGCAGACAGCUGCAUAUGUGGUAAAUAAUGGAAUGACAAUGGGAUCUUCUGGCCCACAGCUUACAGUCCACCAUCGACCUCCUCAGGAAACGGCAAGACCCAUCCACCCAGCUCCACUUCCCGAGGCUCCACAACCACAGAGACUUCCUCAAGAAGCAGCUGGUACGUCACCUCCUCAAAAACCUCAUCUCAAACUAGCCAGAGUGCAAAGUCAGAAUGGAAUUGUACUUUCUUGGAGUGUAUUGGAAGUGGAUCGCACUUGUGCCAUUGUGGACAGCUAUCACCUCUAUGCAUAUCACGAGGACCCAAAUGCAACCUCCCCUUCACAGUGGAAAAAGAUAGGGGAAGUAAAGGCUCUGCCUCUUCCUAUGGCUUGCACUCUUACACAGUUUGUAUCUGGAAGCAAGUAUUAUUUUGCUGUAAGAGCAAAGGACAUCUUUGGCCGAUUUGGACAGUUUUGUGAUCCACAGUCUACAGAUGUUAUUUCCACACAGAGCAGUUAAAAGCACCAGAAAGCGAACUUGCUAUUUUUGUCUUUUUGGUUUUGUUGUUUUAAACCUUGUGCAUGAACUUGACGUAAGACAAAAACUGAUCGGCUUUCAUUCAGGGAUCAGUGUACAGCACUUUCCCAGCAUCUUAAAAUACAAUCAAUGACUUACUGAACCCACUCAGCAACCCAUUUGGACCAGUCUCCUCAAAGUAUGGAUAAAGUGGACCUUUUUAUGUUUUUCCUUAUUAUUCUGGAGCAAGUGUGCUGUCAUCAGUUCUUCAGACCAGCAUCCAGGCAAUGCAUUAAGAAGGUUAUAGAUUUAGUAGUUUAGUGAAAUGGGUUAAAUAGAAACAGAACAAAGAACGGAAAUUUGUGGAGACAGGAGUUCUGCAGUGUAUUUUGGGACUUAAAAAUACUUUAUUCCCAGCCAAGGUUAAUGUAGCUCCUAAGGAAGACAAGUAUUACAGAGGAACCAGGGUUGUGUGGGUAGCUCAUGCACAAAGUCCUCUGUGUGUACCCCACUGGCUUGGGGAUUCUGAAACUUAACAAUUAUCUAUGGGGAUAAAGAGAAAGGUGGAAAUACUUGUUUCUUUUGUCCCCCCCCCCCUUUUUUUUUUCUUUUCUUUCUUUUUUGUGCCUUAACUUUUUUUUAUAUAUUUUUCCUUUCUGGUUUAACUGCCUAUCCUCUAGCCAUGUAUAUUUAUAGAAAGAAAUCUAUCCAUAUCUCUGCGCCAAAGAGGAGUGGUUUCAAUUAUGUAGACUUUUUAAUUUCAUUUUUUUUUUUUUUUUGUACCUAUUGCAUUCUAGACCAAGAUGGAAUAAAACUUUAUUUCAGGAGUCUGCAAGCCUGUUACAUGAGGCAGGUGUUAUCAGUCUCCAGCCUUCCUGCGGUUUAUAUUAUUACUGUGUCUGUGUUUUUAAAAAUAAACAGAAAGCUACUUAUGCAGGUUUCAGAUAUGUCAGGUCAACAGUUUGCCCCCAAGGGAAAAAUAGAAAUAGAUUUGGGAAAAACAUGCAUGUAUUAUUUUAAAUGUACAGUGUAUUCUAACAAAUUCCACGAAGGAUAACUAUUUUUGUAUUAGUAUAGUUUUCUCCAGCUACGAACUCCUGAUGUAAAACCGGGCAAAGCAAAACAGGCGGUUAUCAAUUUGUUAGCUAUUCUAACUCAGAUGAUGUUUGUGCAAUGCAGGGUUCAUUGUAUCUCUGAUAGCAUUUGUGUUCUGAUUCCAUUUUUAACUAGUACAUUUAGUAUUGUGAGUAUUUUACAAUUGCAGUACACAGAGGAUCAGCAGGUUACAGAAAAACAGUCCUACGCGAGGUUGUAACCUUUCAGCCCGAAAUGGCAUACUCUUCCAUGACACUCUCAGUUCUAAGCAGGCAAACGCUAAACAGGGUGGAAAGCUCUACUUUAAGAAAUAUUGUUACCUUGUAUAUAAAUAAUAAAUAUUUUUUACAAAUGUG